AUGGUCAAGACACUUCCCUUCGCUGACAUUGAGGUUCCCUCGCCUGGCUUUGGCGCCAUGGGCAUCAGCUUUGUCAUGGGGAGCAACCUAAGCCUAGAAGAAGCAGAGCCUGUCCUUCUCAAAGCCAUCGAGCUAGGCUGCACUUUCUGGGACACCGCGGUUGUCUAUCAAGCCGGCGUCAACGAAAAGCUACUCGGGGACUUUAUCAGAAAGCACAAUGUUCGAGACAAGGUUUUCCUCGCCUCCAAGUGCGGGUUCGAUGUUUUUGGGGCGCAGGGUCGCCUCACCAACUCGGCGGCUCACAUCAAGGAGUACAUCGACGGCACGAUUGAGAGGCUUGGAUUCCCCCCAGACCUAUAUUAUCUCCAUCGUAUCGAUCCCGAGACGCCCCUUGAAGAGUCCAUCACUGCCCUCAACGAGAUUCGACAGGCCGGCAAGACAAAGUAUAUUGGCCUCUCGGAGUGCUCUGCAGAGACACUUCGAAAAGCCAACUCGAUUGCCAAGAUCGACGCCGUCCAAUCAGAGUACUCGGCUUUCGAAACGAUACACGAGACGAGCGGUGUGAUCGAUACCUGCAAGGAGCUCGGCGUGGCCUUUGUGGCAUAUAGCCCUCUCGGCCACGGGUGGCUCGUGGACGACUUUGAAUACAAGUCCCCUGACGAUUUUGCCUCAGACGACUUUCGCCGAACAUCGCCCAAGUUCCAGGGCGAAAACUUCUAUAAGAACAAAGCCAUCGUUGGAGGGAUCAAGAAGAUUGCUGCUCGCAAAGGAUGCACUUUGGCUCAGCUUGCUCUUGCUUGGGUCGGAAGCCAAGGGCUGAUUGCCAUCCCUGGCACAACUAAAGCUAAGCGCCUGGAAGAAAACUGGGCAUCAAGGGAGAUUGACCUGACUGAGGAGGAGAAGGCAGACCUGCGCAACAUUAUUGAGAAGGCAAAACCUCAUGGGAAAAGGUUCGGCCCGGAGCACGAGGCCACGGUUGGGCACUAG